GCAACGUAAUUGGUAUUUAUGCUAAUACAAAGGAAUUUUAUCUAGGUGUUUAAAACGAUGGUGGCAAAAUUCCUCGCAUUUCCAAAUAUUUUGUUUAAUGUUAUUAACACGUGUUACAUUUGUAGGCAAAACACGUUCUUUCUCCGAUGGAAUAUUCUUUUGCAUUCUAAUCAUAGCACUUGCAAACUAAAGCUUUGCAAUCUAUUUUAUACGGGUAUUAUUUAACAUAGCACAAUAUACAUGUAACCAUUAACCAUCCUCAUCCUUUAUUAAUCCAAAGUUAGAUCUUGAAGAUCUACUGAGGAUUCGCUAUCUCUUACAUAGUAGAGUUUAUAUAGAGUUCAAGUUUGCAUAGUCUGUCAAAUCCAUGACGUCAAAGGUAUAUCGGCGCCGUUGUCAUAGCAACAUAUAAACAACAAAGCUAUUGCGCGUGACAAUCAGGUGGAUUAUUUAAUUAAUUUACAGUCGCUAUAACGUUACAUGUAAUUAGAUCGUAUCGUUAUGGAUUUUUCCGAGGGCAGUGUUGUGGACAGAGCGAGCGCGGUCAGACGGGCCGACGCCCCGCGUCCUGUGUCCAGGAGAGGCUAUCGGGAAUAUACCAAUACUGGAUCCGCAGUGUCCAGAAGCGGCAGCAUGAGGCCUACUUCCGCGUAUCGGGGCAGCACGGCAUCGCGUCUCGCGACUGCUGGCUUUGGACCUGCACCAUCUACUGCCAGCCGACAGCCAACUGCAAUGACUGGUUUCUCUAUGAUUGACAGGCCAAUAACACAGCAAGGCAUAUCAGGACUUCGCACAGGAACAGCACGAGGAUUUCGCACGAGGCAGCUGCAAGAUAAGAGGUACUGGGAAGAGUUGAUGCAAGUUAAGGUGCGUGAAAUCAAAGCGGAGAUAGCCCGACUAAGCGACAAGGUCGAGUCGGGAGAAAGAGAAAAAUCUGCUAAGAAACACUAUGAAAAACGAGUACGGGAACUGGCGCAAGAAUUGACAGAUCUACAAGGCCGAUUAUCUGACUAUAAUACAGCCAUUCGCAUUGCUAACGGAGAAGCGUCGAAGCAGUCCGUAGAAGAACAAACAAGAGAAUUAGAAGUCAGUAACAAGAAGUUGCAAGAAGAAGUUGAACAAGUGUUUUUAGAGAAACAAAGAAAAGAGAGCCAGCUAAGGCAGUUAAGGGAACAAAUGGAUAAGGAGCAAUCAACAAUAUCAGAACUACUGUCAGAAAUGUCGCCGGAACAAAGAAAACAAUACAACGAACUAGAAGGUACAGCUGCCGCUUUAAGAGAAGAAGCAGAACAAGCAAGAAUCCAGAUAGAUAAUCUUACUAAAGAAAAAGAGGAAUUUAACAAAGAGAUCUCUAUGUCCCAGAUAAAGGUACACUUAUUGGAAUUACAUAGACGAUUAGCAGCUGCAGAAGAGAAACGCGAUAGUCUUAAGAAUGAAAUAAAUAACCGUUUGGAUCCUCAAGAGGAACGAGAGAAAUUGUUGCAACAGGUUCGAGAAGACAAUGCUGCUAUUGCUUCGUUAGAUAGUAAUGCAGCACAUUUAAAACAACAAAUAGCGAAAAUUCAAGAGUUAAUAGAACAGGCUGAACAGGAUCUUGAAGAAGGUAAAUCCGAACGUCAUCAAAAAUAUAGAGAAUUGAAGAAACGAGAGGAAACUAUGGAUGCAUUUUUGUCUACUUACGAAGAAAAUCUAGCAAAAGAAAAAGAAAAGAUUGAUCAAUUAGAGAAAGAUAUUGUAUUUGCAUUAGAACAUAGCAGCUCCAAUAUCGAUCUAGAUCUGAGCGAGAUAGAUUCAUUGAAGAAGAGAGAUGGAUAUAAUAUGGCAUACGAUGAAAGUAAAAAAUCUGUGGAGACAUUGAUGAAGGAUUAUGAAAGAUUUCAGUCAAAUCUUAAGAAAGUAGAAGCUACGCGUGAACGUUUGUUAGCAGAACUACUAACGCUACCAGAGAAAACACGAGUAAUGCAAGAAGAACUUGUGACCCUUUCUGAUCUAGAAAAACUGCGAGACGAAGGUAAAAACAUCUAUUCAAUUCAUUUGUCGAUAUUUAAUUUGUAA